CGUCAACUAUGAUAGAAGCGCUCAAGAAACACUCAGUAAUCCCGGACGUCAUCGGGCCGUCCGAGCCAAAGCAUUUGCUUAAAGUCUCAUACGGAGGAACAGAACUCAGUCCAGGGGACACACUCACUCCGACUUUCGUACAAAACAGUCCGUCUCUGAGCUGGCCAUCCAACCAAGACACACUGUACACGAUGAUGAUCAUCGAUCCGGAUGCGCCAUCACGAUCCAACCCGAAGAAUGCGCCGUGGCUCCAUUGGCUCGUUGUCAACAUCAAAGGAAGCGACAUUUCGACUGGCAAUACAGUCGCUUUUUAUGUAGGCUCCGCCCCCCCGGAAGGCAGUGGGUUGCAUCGCUACAUCUAUCUGGUAUAUGAGCAGUCCAAGCUCAUUGAAGGUCUCGACCCCUUGAAGAUUGACCAGCGACCUAGGUGGAACUACAAAGGCUUCUUGGAUGCCCACCAACUAAAACAACUAGUGGCCUGCAACCUCCACCUCAGCGAAUACGAUGACUAUGUUCCAAUCGCAUAUGAGAAGCUGAGGUCAUGAGAACCAAGUGCAUAGGACAGCACCUUGUAGAAGCCAUCCACACAAAAAAAUCGUCCUUAAACUGUGUGUGUGUUUUUAUUACACAUAAAAAAAAGGAAAUUGU